UGCAGCACGAAGACACUGAUGCAGAGGGAGAUAAGAUGACGAAACGCUCAAUAUGUGUGUGGGUGCGUGUGAAAGAGGGAGGGAGGGAGGUGUAAAGAGACUCCCUUCGUCUCCACCAACACCGUUAGACACCUGUGCAGGUGGAGGCAUUGUCGGCUGGAUAUCUGAAACUUUAACCUCCUCUUGAACUGUUUUUCUUCAGUUUGUUCACUUUUAUUUUAUUGCAAAUUUAUGCAGCAGCGUUUUACUUCAUAUUUGUGUUUUUACAACUACCGUGGAGAUUUGCAGGGGUUUUUUAGUCAUUUCAUUUUUUUUUUUUUGUUUUUGUUUUUGAGGAGUAAAACCUGUGGAAGAAGCCCCCGUCGGGAGUAUCUGUUCUGUGACCGACCCCCAGUCUUUAAGGACUUUGUUGCUGUUGUUGACACCCAUCACCCCGGCCCGGAUUCAGGGAUCAUGGCGGACUUCCCGUCCAAGGUUUCCACGGAGACCAGCUCCCCCCACUCCCACAGCUCCCAGCACCAGGGGGUGUCUGCCAGGAUCAGCGUGGACAUGAUGUUCAUCCGAAGCGUCUCGGCCAUCCUCAUGCUGGUGGAAAUAGUUCUGGGGCUGCUCCACUGGGCACUGAUAGCCGCCACCAUUCCGUUAGUGCCGAAGGCGUACGGCUGGGUGAUGUUUGUGGCCGUCACCCUGUGGGUCCUCACCACCAUCCUCUUCUUCAUAAUCCUGUUCGGCGUCCAGCGACUACUGCCCCCCCUCCCCUGGCCCCUGAUAGUGAUGGUGUACAAUGGCAUAGCCACGGUCCUCUAUUUCACUGCCUUUGUGACCAACGCAGCAACUGUGGAGAGCUUCUUCCAGAUCGUAUACAAUCAUUUAGCAGCCGCUGCUUUCUUCGGUUCCCUGGUGACCGUGGCGUACGGCGUCAGCGCCUUCUUCUCCUUCAAGGACUGGAGGGAGGGCGGAGGAAGCGUCGCCACCAGCACAGUGCCGACCUAGGGCUCCGUGGAGCUUCCCGAAGCAGCUCCAGGGGAGGAUAGUUCAGCGUGGAUUCUCGUCUAUCAACACAGUAUCACUUGACUAUUACUGAUGAACCUGGUAACCUGAGUCUCGACCCUAGAGGAAUGAUAAUAAUCAGCGAAGAAGUAUUCUGGACAAAGAUUAUCCAAACAUUCAUUCUCAAUCAGACGCAUUGUUUUAAACAACGCAGCAUCAACACAAUGGACAUUACUCAGGCCUGAACAUGAGAUACUCCUAAAAUGACACAUUUCACAUUAAUCUUACAUGCAUCAAAUGUCUCACUAUGGUAUAAAGAGCAAUAGUUUGACAUUUUGAGAAAUUCCCCCUAGUUCCCCCUUAUUCAGUCAGCCACUUAGCAUAAAUAAUGGACACAAGAGGAAAAACAAUUGUCCCAGCGCCUCUAUAACCCACUCAAUGACAAUAAUAAUAAUAAUAAUAUCUUUUUGUUUACUGUCUUGAACUGUGCUUACUGUCUCCUUCCUUGUUUUCCAUCUUUACUUUAAGCUAAUUAACUAUUUAAAAUACAAGAAUGUAAGAAAUAUCAAACUUUACUUUUAACUCUAUAAAAACUAAGACUGUAUUUGUAACUUUUCCUUUAACGUAGGCUCAGCUGUGAAUGAAACUGCAAAGACACAUAUGAAAUGAUGCUUAUUUUCAUACGUCUGUACAGUUGCAGUAUUAUCUUAGUAAAAUAGGAUGUUUCCAAAGACAGAAUCUAUCAAGGUAUUGAAUGUAGCUAAAACAAACGUGUCUGGCUGUGAUCUUUCCUGCUGUGUGAUGGAAGGACCACACCUGUGAAGACUGUAUCCAACCCUGAAUUUACAUCUUACUCAUUUAAACUUGAUAUUAGAGACUUAGAUGAAGAAGAAAUGUUUUUUUUUUUCUUAUCCAUCAAGGAAAAACAUGAAGAAACACAAGUUGUGUUGUAUUUUUUGUUUACAGGGGCUUUUCAGCUGGUAUAUCUGGUUGCAAUAGAUACUUUGACAUACGUGUCUCUGACAAAAGAAACUCUGAAGAUGUAACUACAGGACAUAAAUGACUCCUCUAAUCCUCCUCCUCUAAUGUAAAGUGUGCAGCAUAUUUUUAUGAUUUACAUGAAACCGCUCCUCUUGUACUGUAAGUGCCUUUAAAACAGGUUUUCUUUUUUUUUGUACUGAGAAUUUGAAUAAUGCAUUGAUGAUCCAUUAGGGCUCCACCCUGCACUUGAAAUAAAGCACAUAAAACUUUAAA